UGCUCCAUGCUCCACGUCACGACGCCGCAUCUAACCCUCCGGCGACUCAUCGCCGGCGAGCCGGUCCGCCACGCCAUAGCCUCGUCCUGAAGCGCACUUAAUCCUACGUCUCGUUCCUCUCUCGCCCCCGGUACCCUCCAUAGGCAUGGGAAUGGGGUCUGCGAGAGGGGGCGCAGGGGGAUGGCUCCCCGGCGAGCGGUGGCGGCGGGUCAUCUUCCUCGCUCUGGCGGCCGUCUCGUUCCUCAUCUCACUCAUACUCCUCUUCCUAUCCGCGCCGCGUCUCCGCCUCCCAAGUGUCGUCCUGCCUUACACCACCGCUUCCGCUUCUGCCGUCCGCCGCGGGCCCGGCGAGCCGCCCUGCCUGGUGUACCUGCUGACCGGCGCGCGCGGCGACGGGCGCCGCCUCCUCAGGCUCCUCCUCGCGGUUUACCACCCGCGCAACCGGUACGUGCUCCACCUCUCCGCCGACGCGCCAGACGACGAGCGCCUGAGCCUCGCCACCGGGGUCGUCGCCGCGGCGCCCGCCGUGGGAGCAUUCGAGAACGUGGUUAUUAUUGGCAAUCCCACCGCCGGGACGCCCGUGGGGUCCUCCGGACUCGCCGGCACGCUCCGCGCUGCGGCCGUGCUGCUCCGGCUCCACGCUGACUGGGACUGGUUCCUCACCCUCAAUGCCGCCGACUACCCCCUCGUCACACAGGAUGACCUGAUUCAUGUCCUUUCUUCUGUCCCAAGGGAUCUUAACUUCAUUGACCACACCGGUGACGUUGGAUCAAAAGAACCUGAGAAAGUUCAACAAAUUAUAGUCGAUGCUGGAAUUUACUUGUCAGGGAGGACCAACUUCUUUCGAGGAACACAGAAACGAGCAGCUCCUGAGGCUUUUAAGUUCUUUACAGGUUCUCCAUGGGUCAUAUUAAACCGGCAAUUUAUAGAGUACUGCAUUCUUGCUUGGGAGAAUCUCCCUAGGAUUCUUCUCAUGUACUUCAACAAUGUAAUACAACCUCAGGAAGGGUAUUUCCAGACAGUCAUCUGCAACUCACUGGACUUCCGUAAUUUCACUGUGAACAAUGACUUGAGGUUCAUGGUGCAAGAUGAUUCCGCUCAGAAAAAGUCCCUUUUCACGAGCAGGGAACAUUAUGGUCACAUGGUGGAUAGUGGGGCACCCUUCGCAAGGCCGUUUCAGGAGAAUGAUCCUCUGCUGGACCAGAUCGACGGCAAUAUACUCAAGCGUUGGAGCCAUGGACCAGUUCCUGGUGCUUGGUGCACAGGAAGGAAGAGGUGGUUCAGUGAUCCAUGUUCCCAGUGGGGCGAUGUGAAUGUUUUGAGACCAGGUCCUCAAGCAGUGAUGUUGCACCAAUAUGUAAAUCGGACCUUAGAAGAAGCAAAGUCUAGCAGCAAUUCAUGCAGGCGGUAGCAGCAUUGGCGUCUAGAACCUCAUGUCCCAUGGUUGAAAGCUUUGAGCUUUUUCCGCUUAUCCACUAAGGGUUCUCCACUCUGCUGAAUAAAUAGCUGCCACAUGUCUAAGCUGAAACAAGCACUCGUCGCACCUGGAACAAAGCCAUGGAGGGAUGUUCUUUUCUGAUAUUUUCAUGAUGACUAUCAUAGUCACGGAUCAGGAGUUUCACUUUGGUCUGUGAUUAAUCUGUGCAAUCCCCAUAUUUGGCUCAUAUAACACUUCCAGGCGCUGAUAAUAGGCUGAAGCUUAUAUAACUACUGUUGUUUAUAUGUUGCGGUUAUUUGUUGGACAGCUUAUAUUCAUGCUAGUAGAUCAAGUUACGAAUCCCUUAUGCUCCCCUGUUGUGAGGACUGUAGACUGUAGAACAAGGGAUUUUGUUACUUGUUAGUCUUACUGAAUUCAUGUUGUGCUUUGGACUUACAUAAUAUGCCUAGUCCUGUAUUGUACCUAAAAUGAGACUCCAGUCAUCUCAGUUUACCUUUGAGGGGUGUUUGGAAGCAUAUUAUUUUUUGCAGUUUCAAAGC